GACCCAGCAGUGCUGCCGGUCAGGUAGGCACAGCUCGUGGACUGUGAGUGAAACAGACAAAGGCAGAGAGAGAGCUCGUGCCGCUAUCCUGCAGCAUCCACACCCACCCACCCACUCCACUCUACUCCACACGCUCCAACGCGGACCCCCCAGAAGUAACCACCAUCAGAACACAUCCACGGAUCCUCCCCGCCCCCUGACCUCAGUCACCAUGGAGCUGGACUUCGGCCAUUUCGACGAGCGAGACAAGACGUCCCGCGCCCCCCGAGGCGGGCGCCCCAACGGCCUGCCCAGCCCCACCCACAGCGCCCACUGCAGCUUCUACCGCACGCGCACCCUCCAGGCCCUCACCAACGAGAAGAAGGCCAAGAAGGUGCGCUUCUACCGCAACGGAGACCGCUACUUCAAGGGCAUCGUGUACGCCGUGGCGGUGGAACGCUUCCGCACCUUCGACGCCCUCCUGGCCGACCUGACGCGCUCCCUCUCGGACCACAUCAACCUGCCGCAGGGGGUCCGCUUCAUCUUCUCCAUCGACGGCUUGCGCAAGAUCGUCUCCAUGGACGAGCUGGAGGAAGGAGAGAGCUACGUCUGCGCCUCGGAGAACUUCUACAAGAAGGUGGACUACACCAAGAACGUCAACCCCAACUGGUCGGUGAACGUGAAGGCCUCGGCCAGCCAGAAGAACCUGCAGUCCCUGGCCAGCAAGGCGACCGGCGAGGCCCGAGAGGGCAAGGAGUUUGUCCGGCCCAAGCUGGUGACGGUGAUGCGCAGCGGCGUAAAGCCUCGCAAGGCGGUGCGCGUGCUGCUCAACAAGAAGACGGCGCACUCCUUCGACCAGGUGCUGACCGACAUCACGGAUGCCAUCAAGCUGGAGAGCGGCGUGGUCAAGAAGAUCUACACCCUGGACGGCAAGCAGGUAACCUGCCUUCAGGAUUUCUUCGGGGAUGAUGAUGUGUUUAUUGCCUGUGGACCAGAGAAGUUCCGCUACGCCCAGGAUGACUUUUCCCUGGAUGAGAAUGCACACUACCCCUCUGGAACCAAACCCAAAUCAGGCCCGGCGGGCUAUAAUAACCAAGAAUGCAGGGUGAUGAAGGGACCCAAACCCCAGAGGAUCUCUAAGAGUCCAGGUCCGAUCCGUCGUAGCAAGUCUCCAGCAGAAUCGACCAAUGGGACAGGGUCCAGCAGUCAGCUCUCCACCCCAAUUUCCAAGCAGUCCCCCACCUCUACCCCCACCAGUCCUGGCAGCAACCGUAAGCAGAAGGAUCUCUACCUGCCUCUGUCUCUGGAUGAUGAGGAUUCUCUGGGAGAGUCUAUGUAGAUGUUCCUCACAGCUGCAGCCUCUCCCUGGCCUGACACACAGAGCUGUCUCUGGUGCUGGCGCCCCCUAAUGUCUGGGAGGACCUCUCUAGUCUGCACCCAGCCUCUUCCUGGUGACAGUCGUCUACUUUACCUUCACCAUUAGGGCUGUUCCACCUUUUGCUGCUUGAGAAUUCACCACAAAAUCUCUUCUUUUUUAUAACAAAUAUUGUUAAAAAUGUAUAUGCUGGGCGUAUACGACAAUGAUGUAAAGAUGACCACGUCUCAUUAAAAUUCCCAAACUGCCAGUUGUCAGAAGUUGAAUUUUAAAUGUUUCCUCUUUAAAGAGAGCUCACAAUUUACUAACAGGAAGUCCUUACAAACUAUGAAAAAUAUAUUUAAAAAAUCCCCAAAUUCUUCCAUGUAAAACCACAGGCGCAAAAGACACUCCCACUUCAUGUGCAUAAUUCCAAGCAGCAAACAGACUUUUCUCCAGGGGUGUGUCCAUCAGACUGAGUCUACGUUUUUGUGUUCCUGAUGCUAAUGAUUUUCCUCUUUCCGUUUUUCCUUUUCGUUGUAUGAUUCAAGGUGUGACAAGUAAUUAGAACACUUUUAGGUUAAUGUCUUUCCCAUCUGCUGUAAAUAACGUGUACAGCCAUCGCAUCAUCCCUGCUAAUACUGUAACCAUAACCAUGCUUCUAUAAUGUCAAUACCGACAUCCGCCACACAUUCAGACAACAUCGCGCGUUCUCUGACGAGAAGGUCUUCACAAACUGAGAUGCACGGUUAGGCCAAACGUCUCAACUACAGCACCCCGGGCAUGUACAGAUAGAGUUGAAGAAAGGGAGAUGCGGGUUGGGGAUAAAAUAACCAAAGUCAAAAGAAUUAGGCCCUAGUUUAACAUGAAGUGAAGAAGAAUACAAUGUACAGAUUGUUUAAGCCCCUAGAAAGUUCCAUUUUAAAAAGUAGCCUUGCUGCAGCACUGUUCUCGGGUCAAACUCUCUGUUCUGGGAGCCUGUUGAGCACUGUGCUACACACACACAUACACACAGAUGCCAAUCACACACACAUACACACAGAUGCCAAUCACACACACACACACACAGAUACCAAUCACCAAGCUUUUUGAGGCAGUCGUGUAACAACAUGUACUGUAACCAUGGCAAUAAAACCGAUUUCUGGAACGUGUCACUUGGUGCAGUUUGAUCUGCUCUGGCAGCUAUUGUUAUGACUGCCACUGGGCGCUGGUACACCAGGUUACACACUCUAAAGAGUUUAAUGACAAUGAAGAUGUCAAAGCCAAAGUAUAUAUUUGACUGAAAAAAGAGAAAAUGGUAAAUGUAAAUAUGUUUCGAUUCCCCAAGAAGAACAGUACUGUAUGAUACUGUGAGCUCCCACCAAGACACAAUAUCUGACUAGUUCAUGCUCAUUUAGGGAAAUUAGAUUGCACACUUAACAAUAGUGGAGCUUCUCACAUUUUGCAUGACUUUUACCUAGUGUUAAUUGAUUUAUCGCAAUUUUAAGAUAAGAAGAAGCAGAAAUAUGAAGACUUUUCAUAUGAAGAUUCUUUUCUUACACGGGGUUGGUAAAAAAAUAUUUUAACGUAUGUUAACGUGCUAUCUCUGUCUGAAACAAAAAAAAAAUCAUGUUCUUGGAGAAUAACACAUGAAGGGUCACACUGAUGUUAAGUUUCUGAGGAGGAUGUCCUGUGAAAAUCUUAUUUACACAUUGUUGUGAGACAGGAAGUUGACUGAAUUAGGCCAGUCAUGGAGGUUUUUACUGGCAGUCAUAGAGGAGAGUGUGACAGUGUGGGGCAUUACUGUAAGGAAGCAAAGUGAACCGGUGCUCUUCCUCCCCUGGGACAUGUUUGACUCUGUGAAAGCCAUACUGUACUACACAGUUCUACUAUAUCGUGCAACAACCCACCUGAGUCCCUCAAUGACACCUUAAUCCAGCAGGGGGCACUGUGAUGUCAGCGCAACAGCUAAUCCAACAGCAGGUCCACUUUUACACCUUUUGGGAAUCAACGAUUUGUAAGAAAAUGACAUGUGACUUUUUUUUCUGGACAAAUUCCGAUGUAUUUUCUCCCGCCAGUUGUUCGAUAUCUCGUCUCUUUGCCCCAGAUUUUCUACAGCCUAACAUUAACAGUAAAUGUCAGUUGUUUAGUGUGAAGCCGCCGCCACCAUGCAAGAUGGAGGGUGUGAACCUCUCGCCCCCUGUGGUGCCUUUUUUUUUAGAUUGAAGUCUUUUGAUAAUAAAAAAAAAGAAACAGGAAAACAAAGACAUGUCUGUCUCUGUUGACAAACUGUUUGUAAAACAUUUCUAUAUGUGUUGAAUUGUAGAGCUGCAGUCUACAUUUGUUUUGUAGUAUUCCAGGAUGCUUCGUCAUGGUGCACAUGUACUCUUUCUGUUCUCUUUGAAUGCAUUUCUGGUGGAAUGACUUGGGUUACUGGAAAAUUUACAAUGUCCUCUUUAUUGGUGUUUUGCAAUGUCACAGUGGCUUGUUUCAGUGCUUCAUUCUAUGUAUUUACCGAUUCCCUUUUGCAAUUAAAAGAGUUGUAUUCCAGUUCUC